CUUCCGGUUGUCGUAUACGCGUGUUUUCGAAUUUCCUCGUUAUAUUAUUUGCAAAACAACAAUUUGAAACACUACUUACUUGAAAGAGACGGGAUUAUAUAAUUCCAUCGUGAGUACCAGCUUAUGUUAGUAGGAAAAAAUCACCGGACCAUUAAUGUUUACCAUGAUUUCUUUCUGUUUCGAUAUCACCAUGAUCACAGACACUAAAAUGAGAUACUUCAUACGCUCCAUGAUAUCCUCUGUAGCUAAAUCUUGAAGUUAAAAAAGAAAAUUUAAGAUCCUAUAUAGUGGAUGUUGUUAUAUGCAGCAACGGGAUACUCUUUUCUGUAAAAUGCGCCCUUAUUCAAGCAGUGCAUGAUUGAUCAAUGGUGGGAUAUAAACCCGAGAAAGAGACCCAUCUGUCUUCAACUGAGCAGGCUCUCGCAGGGGCAGUAACUGGAACAGUCAGCAGAGCUUUAUUCCAACCCUUGGAUGUUCUCAAGAUACGAUUCCAGCUUCAAGUUGAACCAUUAAGAAAAGUAGAAUCAUCAAAGUACUGGAGCAUCCCUCAAGCUACACAGACAAUUAUAAGGGAAGAAGGUGUUACAGCUUUAUGGAAAGGCCAUGUUCCUGCUCAGCUCCUCUCAGUCAUCUAUGGAGUUGUGCAGUUUGUCUCUUUUGAGGCAGCGACAAAGGUUGCAUGGAACAUUUUACCUGAGGGUGUGUACAACUUCCACAAACCUCUCACAUACUCUGUGUGUGGGGGGAUCGCAGGUUGUGUUUCAACAAUUGUGGUCCAGCCUGUCGACGUCAUCAGAACAAGACUCAUCUCUCAAGGCAAUCAGAAAAUUUAUUCCUCCAUGUUGAGUGGCGUACUGACGAUCACUCGAACAGAGGGGGCCCGAGGUUUGUACAAGGGUCUCCUUCCUGCCAUGUCACAGAUAGCCCCUCAGAUUGGGCUACAGUUUGGAUUCUAUGCUCUGCUGAAGGAUGUGUGGCAAAAAUUUAUAGACAAACACAAUGGUGAAACUUCAGAAACCAAUGGCAGUCUUGUAUGCGGUUCAGGGGCUGGAGUCCUUUCCAAGAUAAUUAUCUACCCAUUAGAUGUGGUCAAAAAGCGGUUACAAGUUCAGGGCUUUGAUAAGGCGAGAGCAGAAUUUGGGGGCGUACGCCAUUAUCAAGGAAUGAAACAUUGUUUGUACACUAUUGCAAUGGAGGAAGGCAUCAUCCACGGGUUUUAUAAAGGACUGGCUCCAAGUUUGUGGAAGGCUGCCUUGGUAUCAGGAUCCAGUUUUUAUGUGUAUGAAAAAGUUUGUCAGUUACUGGAGCUCAGGCACGAGAAGAAUCACAGUUAGUGAGACAGAGACAUGUGUAUUACAUGUACAUACAUAGACAAGAAUCUAUUUACUGUACAGCAUUUAAAGCUUACCUGUGAUACAUGAAAUUAAGCAGUGUCAGAUGCAAUCAAUUACCUAUAACAGCCUGUGUGUCUAUAGAGUGAUGAAUAUCGAAAAAUUUCCCCUCCCCAGUGUCUCUUCCAUUCAAUUUACCCUUAAUUGGUCAAAUUUAAAAUUGAAAACGGUGUCAAAGAGAAUAUUUUACAACCAUGCUGGUGAGAAAAUAAUACACGACGAAAAUAAAUCAUUUUUCCCUUUCCUCUAAACAUAUAACUUUUUGAAUUCCUUUAUCUGUAGAAAAAUUGUAUACCAUCUAAUAACACUGACAAUGCUUUGGCCUCAGGAAAGAAUCUCUUGUUUUUUAUUGCAAAAUGUUACCUGGAAAAAACAUUGUACCUACUUUCUAUUGCUUUGAUUUAAAUUCUCUUAAAUAGGUUAACACAGAAAGUAUUUAUUUGUUUGAAUACAAUGUAAGCUGUCCAGUCACUCAUAAUAUUGUAUCGGGCUCUUGUGUGGGCUGUGUGUGAAAUGAAAUGUUGGUUGGCCUCUGAU